AUGUAAUUUGGAUUUCUUAAUUCGCACGUGGAGUGUGGACGGCACCCGCUAAUUGUAGUACAGAAUAGAUGAAAGGUUCGUGAAUCAUGGUAGAACUUAAAAAUGAUGAAGUAACGUUGAAAAAAAUAGAAGGUGGAAGCAUUAUCAGCCACCCUCCACUUUUUUCAGAAGACGGAAGAUUCCUUUACGUUGGAUGUGGAACGGGUAUCAACUGCUAUAGUGUGAAUACUGGAAAAUUAGUUGCAAAUUAUGCAGCUCAAAAAAAUUUUGGUAGAAUUGUGAAUAUAUGUUUUCACCCAUCUAAUAGUAAACAAUUAGUUGUUAGCCAGUAUAAUGGCUUUAUUUCUUUCUGGGAUUUGGUUGGCAGUCAGUCGGCUAAGAACAUUAAAAAUGAGGAAUUAUGUAUUGAAGAUUGUUAUAUAACAAAUGGGCUUUGUUUGGCAAAAUGUUAUAAUUUAUAUAAGAAUGAUAUUAUUUUUAUUUCUUAUAAAUCACUAACGAAUGACGAUAGUGAUGUGAAAAUUGGUAUUUUUUCGUUGGACAAUGGAACAUUGCUUCAUAGUUUUAAUGAGACUUUUACAGAUUUACCUCAUAUUUGGUCGUUAGGAGGCCUAGAGACCAUUCCAUUUUUAGCAGCAGCUAAUAACGAUACAAUACAAAUUUAUAAUUUAUUAACUCUCAAAAAGAACAAAAUAAAGUUGGGGUCUGAGCGUCUGGUAACUGUUGUACAGUGUCAUCCGAUUUUAAAUACCCUAGCAAUCGGAGAUAAUACAGGAAGAGUAGUUUUGUAUUACAAUGUAACCCAUAAAAAGACCAGAACACAAACUGUUUAUCAUUGGCAUACUUUACCAGUUAAUGAUAUAAUUUUUACAAGUACUGGCAACCAGUUUUAUAGCGGAGGAUCAGAAAAUGUAUUAGUAAAAUGGUUUUGUGAAAAUAUCGAAGCUCGGCAUUUUUUACCCAGGCUUCCAGCUAAUAUCAUACACUUGGCAGUGUCCACAGAUAAUCAGUAUGCUGCAAUUUCAACUAAGGAUAAUGGCAUUAUAAUUAUCAAUUCGCAGAAUAAAAUACACUCAACUGUACAAAAAUUCACUUGGGGUGUUCAUGCGUCAACAGUAAAAGAAUUCGAGAAUGUCUUUCCAGCCGGUGUUGCAUUUGAUAGACGUUCAAGAUCACUUGUUACAAAUGGAUGGCCUGGCUAUAUUCAAUUUUAUUCACUAGAUCAAUCACAAUUAAGGUUUAAUAUGGAUGUCGUAUGUCAAAAUUAUGUAACACAAACCAGAGAUCAAGGCGUGUACAAUGCUAAUGUAUGUUCAUUGGCAAUAAGUGAUGAUAGUGUAUGGAUAGCAACUGUAGAACGCCGACCAUCCGAUAACAAAUAUAUUACAGACGAUGUGCUCAAGUUUUGGUCUUUUGAUGAAAAAUUACAAAUUUACUCGUUAAACACGUAUACAAGUUCUGUAGACAGAAUUUCAAAAAUAUGUUUUCGUCCAUUUUUGAACUGCAAUGAUCUACAUAUGGCUGCUACGAUUCAUGAAAAUUGUUACAAGUUAUGGACACCAUAUUCGUUUUUAAAAAAUGAUAAAAAUAACAAAAUGAAAUCUUGGCAUCACGAAUACACAAGCAUAGAGUACCACAAUCAACCAUUGAAUGCUAUUAGCUUUUCUGAAGACGGUUGUAUUCUUGCUGCAUCUUUUGGCCCCAGUAUCAUUAUUAAAGUUGUUGAAGACCCUAGUGAUUAUAAAACAAGUCUAACGCACGGAUCUGAACACAUUAGAUUUUUGGAAUUCGGUAAAAAUACAAGCAGUUGGAUGCUUGUUGCUGCAUCAAACAAUCGACUUUUAGUGUGGAACGUUAUAAGCGAGACUUUACUAAAGACUAUUUGGAUUCAAGUCAGUCAGUUAAUAGCUGACCCACUAUCCGAGUACAUGGCUAUUUUCACACCUGAUAAUGAUUUAAUUGUCUUUACUCCGAACAGCAAUGAAGUAGCUUAUAAAACUAAAAACAUUUUCGGUGACAACAACAAACACACGUCUAUAUUAUGGGCAUUGUUUGCACCCAAAUCAAAACAUAAAGACGGAUCAGCCAAUUCUUGGUUGGAUAAAUCUACACUUUACUUCUUGACAAACCAACAAGAACUAUUGAAAUUUGAAAAGACUGAUAAUCUUCAAAAUUUGAUCGAAGCUUAUGUCGAUGAUAACUUUACCAAUUUGACACCUCUCGGACGUUAUAUUUGUAAUAAAACCCUUAGUAACGACAACGCUUCCAAACUGCCACAGUUUGAUUCGUCCAUUGAAGAGGACAAAAACGCUUUUGAAAUACUCGACGAACCGGCUCAUUUGAUGUUACCGUUAGAAACUCAACUGGAACGCAUGUUACUUGCGUGUUUGAAAAAUUAUUAAUAUUAUUGAAAUAUUGCGUAACAUUUUUUUUUAUGAAUUGUAUUUUUAAUUUUGUUAUAAAAUGAGUGAUCUAUACAACUAUUAACAAGCUGUAACAUUAUAUGAUUCAACUUUUUAAUUUUAAUCAAAAUUAUAUUUUUCCUAUUUAAUGCAUUAUAGAAAUUUUAAAUUUAACUUUAACAAUGUAGGCCUCGGCUGCUGAAGUUGUUGACCUAGUAACUACAACUUUUACAGUAAUACAGUUAGAUUAAUGUUGCCACUGUUAUAAGAGAAACAUUCUUCCCUGAUUUCCAAUUUAUUGUGAAAUCUUCCAAAUAAAACUUAAUCAUAUUUUUACUUAACAUCAACAUAAUAUUUUUAAUUUUAAUUUAUUCUUCCCAUAAUUAUAUUUUUUCCGACAAUUUUGGAAAUCAAUUAAAAAAUAUAAAUACUUCAUACUUUAAACCACUAACCAUGCUAAAAAAAAAAUAGUACAACAAGAUUUUUAAAAUACAAAAAUUAAAUGUUUUACGAUUA